ACUGACCGGAAGAGUCAGACAGCGCUUCCGGUGUCGCCACCUUCUUUGUCUCCGGCCCAACAUUUCGACACCAGGGGUUGUCUAUUUUUUCACUUAAGUUUUUAGGAUAUAUUUAUACAUAUAUCCCUAGUUUUCUGAUAUUGAAUGACAGUCGACUCUGAAAUAUUGAUGCCUAAAAGUAAAGCGCCAAAAAUGGAUGACCUGGACUACAUCCCCGUAGACCUGAGCCCAGAGGAGCGCUCUGAGCUGGAGGACAUCCGCAGGAGGAAGGGCGUCCUGCUGCAGGAGAUCCAGAGGCUCCGAGAGGAAUUAAGAGAGGCGAUUUUGGAGGUGGAGGGGCUGGAGACCAGCACAGAGGGCAGUAAAACUCUUCAGAAAAGUAGGCACGUGGCAAUGGGAAGGAAGAAAUUCAAUAUGGACCCCAAAAAGGGCAUUGUGUUUCUGGUGGAGAAUGAGCUGCUCAGACACACUCCAGAGGACGUCGCCCAGUUUCUCUACAAAGGAGAAGGCCUCAACAAGACUGCGAUAGGAGAUUACCUCGGAGAAAGGGACGACUUCAACCUCAAAGUUCUUCAGGCUUUCGUUGACCUCCAUGAGUUUACUGAUCUCAACCUCGUGCAGGCCCUCAGACAGUUCCUGUGGAGUUUCCGUUUGCCUGGUGAAGCGCAGAAGAUCGACAGAAUGAUGGAGGCCUUCGCUCAGAGAUACUGCCACUGCAACCCCGGUGUCUUCCAGAGCACCGACACGUGUUACGUGCUGUCGUUUGCCAUCAUUAUGCUGAAUACAAGCCUCCACAACCCAAACGUGAGGGACAAACCCGGACUGGACCGCUUCAUCUCCAUGAACCGAGGCAUCAACGAGGGAGGAGACCUGCCCGAGGACCUGCUCAGAAAUCUCUACGAAAGCAUUAAAAAUGAGCCCUUCAAGAUCCCAGAAGACGACGGCAACGACCUGACGCACACCUUCUUUAACCCGGACAGAGAGGGCUGGCUUCUGAAACUUGGGGGACGAGUGAAAACCUGGAAACGACGAUGGUUCAUUCUCACAGACAACUGCCUUUAUUACUUUGAAUACACCACAGAUAAGGAGCCGCGAGGUAUCAUUCCUUUGGAAAACCUCAGCAUCCGGGAGGUAGAAGACCCAAGAAAACCUAACUGUUUUGAGUUGUACAUCCCAAACAACCGUGGUCAGCUGAUUAAGGCGUGUAAGACGGAGGCCGAUGGGAGAGUAGUGGAAGGAAACCACAAUGUGUAUCGUAUCUCCGCCCCGACACCCGAGGAGAAGGAUGAAUGGAUCCACAGCAUCAAAUCUGCUGUCAGUGUUGAUCCCUUCUAUGAAAUGCUCGCUGCCAGGAAGAAACGUAUAUCUCUGAAGAAGAAGGAGGAACAACCCUAGAAUAUUCCCUUCAUCCUCUCCCUGUCUUCCUUUGUCAUUCUCAUCCCUCCUUCCAACCCUGGACACAGGUUUUCAUCCUUGCUCCUCACUACCCGUUCAUCAGUUUUACUUACCCCUCUUUCCUCCGUCCCCAAGAAUGCAUCCUCUCCCCGAUAGGAGGACUCCUUGCUGUCCUCUCGACUAGACUCUUGAAAGCCACACCCAGAGUGAAGCGUUGGCCCACUGUGGCCGCCUCUUGUAAUCUUGUUUCUUACACUACCGCUGUUCUACACAGCCGGAGCGCCGUCUAUCCCGUCUUCUCACCACAUUCCUCUCUCGUUCAGCAUUUAAGUAAACUGUGAAAUGUGUCUUAGACCAUAUCCACACUGUGUGUGAUUUCAAAAAAAGCAUUCUCAAUCCUGCUUACCCAACGUUGACAAAUAAGCAAACGCUGGGGAAAUGGAGGAUUCAUGAUUUUCGGUCUCUGAAUUUAAUUAUGAGAAUCUUACUUUUUUCCUUCCUACUUCCUCGUUCACAGUUUCUCCGUAAACCACAAACAAAUGCAGCUUGUGCAUGCUUAUUAAUUUAAUACUACUUGUUAUGCACGACAUACUUUGAGACUAUCUGGAAACGACGUCUCUUUUUGACAUCUCUCUGCAUUAGUGUGAAUAUGGUCUUAUUAAGGGGAGCAAGCAGCUUCGCUUCCUGUGAAGUCGUCUUUCACACGUGUCGACGCUGCCUGAAUGAGAAAUUGCCUUUUCUUGACGGUGCUUCCCCCCCCAGAAAGAAAUGUGAACGCACUAUUCAAACACUAACGAGAUUUAUUUUUAUUCAAUGUUGGUCAGAGAGGAAUCCGUCAAAGCAGCUCCUGAUGAGACGUGCCCAUUGCUUCCUAUAGUACUCCUGCUGGCUCUGACACAACGUGCUCCUGUCUUCACUUAGACACUGAAACCAUUAUGUGAGGAAAAUGUCACUGUUCAUCACUGUUGAUCUUCAAAUAUGGUCGUUUCUCGAGGCAGAAAGGUUGCUUCACCUGCAGAGUUAACGGAGACAGCUGUUCCUCAACUUCCAGACAGCUGCUUGUUUCAUUUUACUGAGACAAUAUAUAUUAUGUCUUCUUCAGCAUGUUUUUUUUUUUUUACAUGUUUGAGCAAUAGCAGAGUAAACUGUAGUUCCAGUCCGUAGGCUUGUUUACAAAUCUUUCACACCACCCUUAGCGAUCGCGUCCUCUCGUACGUAAUGUUCUGAGCGCACCACGAAUCAUUUCCUUCUCGCCGACGAACAUUGACAUCUUUCUCACAAUAACUCUGUCAGACAUUCAACUGUUAGAGCUCGGCCUGUCCGCUAGAGUGAGAUUUAAAGAAAUCACAAAGGCAGCUCAUUACGAUGUAUACUUUUUUUGUAAAUAGUUAGCAUAUUUGUUUACGAUACACAUAGAAAUGAUUUAAUUUAUUCUUUAUCUUUUGUUAAAAUCUGAUUUUUGUACGAGCUACUGUAGGACUGCAUGUAGAUAAAUUGAGGUGUCGAUCGUAGGUACCGACGCGUCGCUGAUCAUGCUAGUGCACUGAUUUGAAAAGUGUUAGUGUUCCCUGUUGACACGGAAGAAUUGCAUUUGAUAUGGAGGUUGAUUUAUGCGUAGAGUAAAUUGUUUAGAGUAUUAGUUUCAUUGGAAAAUGAGAAGAUAUUUAGGCGAUGUUUAGUAGUCUGAGUUAUCUCUGCACCACCCUGUGGGUUUAAACCGGACUCUGUAAAGCACAAGCAGUAGUGAGUCUCACACUCUGUUAAACUAUCAUCCACUUUUACUUUCUGCCCAGUGUCCACUUGAAGUGUGACGAAGCUGUUCACAACUUUUGCGUCAUACCACAGUGAUAAGAGACAAGAAAAACAAGGAGCACUAACAAAGCCUUGAUUCAAUAUAUAAUAGUGCAAUUUCCAGAUGUAAUGAAUCGGUAACAAGUCUAGAUUUGUGUCCAGUGAUAGCUUUGCUUGACAUCCAGUUCAUGAACUUAUUACUAGUAGUUUGUUGAAUUGGCAUUUUAAAUAGUAGUUGAAAUACUUGUCUACUGCACUUUAUCAAUUUUUAGCAUUUUGGAGAAAAUGCUGUUACUUUGACUGACAAUACUCCGUAUCACCCUCUACUGGCGACGUCACACACUGCAAUAUGAUGAAGGAUGAACCAUGAACUGUGUAGAAAUACUGUAAAACGCCACCACCUGGUCAGGGCCAGCUUUAGCAGUUUCUUUUUAACAACAUGUACCAUAUUUGUUCACCUGAUAGAGAUCAUGUUGUUUAAAGUGGAAUGAGGUAUUUUCUCUCUGAUCAGAACACGUAGAGCUGGUUUUAAAGACGCAGCAAGUGAUUCAUCUUUAGAAUACAGAUCAAGGAUUGCCUUUUACUUUCCUACUUCAUCAAACUGACAAAGGGCCUAACUUUAAACCUCCAUGUGAGUGCAUCCACACAAAGCAUGGACUGUCUGUAGGCCUUCACCUUCUGGGUAUUCUUGAAGUGCAAAGUUGCCAAAAAAAAAAAACAGUUGGGACAACAAAUAUUUCCAUUCAAACUAAAUAUUGAACACUGAAAUGAUCAGAUUGAAACUGGACCUCUUUUUCUGAUUCCACCUUUUUCAGAAAGUGUUAAUUUUGUAUUUAUUUAUUUUUAUUUACUGUGAGGUGAAGAUGGAUAGAUCAUCUGUAAAUGUAGCAAACUGAAAACGAUACAUUGGUGCCAGUAAACUACUGUGUAACAAUAAAUGGUAAACAGAG